AUGAGAGUAAUUCUUUCUCUUCUAAUUUGCAUCACAGCAGCUUUCUUUGCAUACCGUCCCUCAAUUCAGGACUCUGUUCUCGCAUACCUGAAUCAAAAGGCACCAGCAAAAUUGUCCCACUUCUUUGCGAAAACUAGCAGCACCAAAUCCCCAUUUAAUCUAGAAUCCUCCACUCCCAUCGUUCUGCCAGUUACCGACAUGUCUACUGCUCGUGCAAUCCGUCAAGUUUUUCUUGCCAUUGAGCAAGCAGAGGGCGCAGGUGCGCGCGUCCGCCGCUCAAUCGGCACCCCCAAACUGCGAAACUUCAGCCCUUUCCUCAUGCUCGACCAUUUCACCAUUGGCAAGGGCGCCGGCUUCCCAGACCACCCCCACCGCGGCCAAGAAACUAUCACCUAUCUGCUCUCUGGCGGUGUUGACCACGAAGACUUUGCCGGAAAUAAGGGCACCAUCGGUCCCGGCGAUCUGCAGUUCAUGACCGCCGGCCGGGGCAUCAUGCACGCCGAAAUGCCUCACGAGAACCCUGACGGAAGCCCCAACGUAGGCAUGCAACUAUGGGUCGACUUGCCCCAGAAAUUGAAGAUGUGUGAGCCUCGCUACCGCGACCUGCGUUCCACCGAGAUCCCCAUCGCCAGCGCCGAUGACGGCCGCGUUACGAUCAAGGUCAUCUCGGGCCAAUCUCAUGGUGUUGAUUCUGUCCGUGAUCUGGCCUACACCCCGGUCUGGAUCUUGGAUGUUACUAUCCGUCCUGGUGGCCGUGUCUCUCAGACCCUACCUCAGGGCUGGAACACCUUUGUUUACACGCUGUCUGGCAAUACCAACUUUGGCUCCAAUGAUUCUACCCAGAUGGUGAAGGAGUUCCACAAUGUGGUAUUUGAGCAGGCUGGCGACUUCAUUGAAGCUUCAGUCCCUGACAAUGCUGACGGGGAAGCUCGCUUCAUGAUUGUCUCCGGUCAGCCAUUGGAUCAGAAGGUGGUUCAGUAUGGUCCGUUCGUGCUCAACACCCAAGAAGACGUUCGCCAGGCUAUGAUUGAUUACCAAACUGCGUCCAAUGGGUUUGAGAAGUCACGUGGCUGGGAGAGUGAGAUCGGCAAGCGGAUGGCCUAUUAA